GCGCGCAGUGCCCGUGAGCUGAGUGUAAACACGUUUGAAUUCCGACUUUCAAUGUCAAACGAAUCAAAAACAUUCGACCAAUCGAUAUCACCGAAUCAAUCAACAAGUCCCACAACCCUAGGUGUUCGAAUCGAAUCUUAUCGGUUGUUUGUAAACAGUGAUGGGGUGAUUAAAUAUAGAAACGUUUUCGACGUGCUUGAAUCAUAGGAGAGUUUUAUUUUUCGAAAACGCGUUCCCGGUCGCUAUUUUCGUUUUCAGUGGUAACUAUUGUGUUUGUGUUUUGAGUGCUAGUGAUGUGAAUAACUGAAUAUUGGAUUAGUUUAGCGUCAACAUGUUCGGCGUGUUCAUCAAAAGGUGGAAUAAGAGAAUAUCGAACAACGAAAGAAUCGAAAGCCCCGGCACAGAUGGCAGCGUCUCUCCCGAACCACCCGAUCGGCCUCCCGGAAAGGUGCGACAAGUUCAUCCCGAGCAGAAAACUCAAGUAUUAGCCUACGAUUCCACCUAUCGCAAGAAGAACAAACCAAAGUCGCUCCCUCUGGAAGACAACCAAAUGUACAAUCAUUUGGCGAACGCGAAUGUCGCUAUGUCACCCAUGUAUCCUUUGACCCCAAAUAUUUGUAUGGAGGGAGGGAAAAUUGAGUUUAUCAAAUCGCCGUCUGGGAGUGCUAGAAACAGUGUGGCGCUAGUAUCUCCGCCGCAAACUCCGUUGUUGAUACGUCGUAGUUCGAAAGAAAGGCGCGAUGUGAGAGCGUGUAGUGACGAACCGGAGAAGUUCGACGGCGAUAAGGAACUUCUAGAAAAGCGCAUCAAGCAGUUAGAGGAUCAAUUAGAAGAAGAGAAGAGGCGUACGCAGCGUGAGCGUAUGGCCGUCACCAAACUACAAAACAAACUUAUCAAGCGCGAGGGUGCGGCGCGCAACGAUGCGGAGCGCGAGCGUCGCGCGCGCGGCGACUGGGAGGCGCGGGCUCGCGCUGCCGAGGCCGACGCUGCGAGGCUCGCCGGCAAGCUGCACGCUGCACAGCGAGAGAUUGCCAGGAUGGAGGACACGGUGCGCUCGCUGUUACAACACAAAAGCCGCGUGGAAACUCUGAAGCAGGAGAAGGUGUCGCUAUCUUCCGCGCUGGAGGCAUCGGCAGCGCACUACCAAAGCCAACUGUCGGCCUUGUCGGCGGAAAACGAGAGGCUCCGGAGCGAGUUGUCGGCCUUGUCGGACGGUGUCCACGACAGCGACCACGAGAAACGGUUGGACGAUGUCGCGCAGCAGGUCGUUCGAGCCCUGCUCUCACAGAAGAGUGUGCGAGAAGAAUUGGGAUGUGCACGUGCCAGAAUACGCGAACUGGAAGCUCAGAACAGAGCGUUGAGUUCAUUGCUCGUGAGGCAGCUACGGCCGCAGCCAAGACCUUCACCCGCCACGCCACAUACGCCGAUCACUCCCCAUACGCCGCGGGAUCUGCAAGUGCACCUAGUAGACGUAGGUUCCUGUGGUUCCCUGGUGUCCUUUCGAGACUCGCCCCCGCCGGCUCACCCCGCCCCGCAACCGCACCCUCUGAAUCAAGACGACAAACGCCGGCAUCAGAUCCUGGCUGACAUCUGGACUGAAUUAAAGGGUCUGGAAGUUACACCAGCCAACCUGGCGCGCGCACUCUCUGCAGUAGACCCGACCUUGUGGGCACCCCCAGCACGCCCGGCUACCCUUAGCCUCAGCGUGCCCCAACCCUGCCCUGAUCAGGCUCCUGGUGCAACCAGAGAAAAGGUGACGGAAGAGGAAAACGGCGAAGCGGGGGCGGAAUCUCCAGAAAGCGGGGCCAAAGACGAAGGCUACUCCACCAUGUCCAGUGACGUCCAAGCUGACGCUUCUCGACAGAGCGACCAUGCGGCAGACAGGGCUUUGCCUGAUCUUAACGAGGCAUCUGACGAAACAGACAACCAAACUAUUGUGUCUAUCAACCCUCGAGAAUCACGUCGACACGCCCGACUGCUUGCUGAAGCCGAUUACAUAUAUUUUCCAAUAGGUGUAGCGUUCGCGGGUGUUAGAGGCAGUUAUCCCCCUUCGAGACCAGUUCUACCCUUUCAGCAUGUUGUACGUAGUUUCUCAGACUCUCACCUAUGUUUAAAACUCUUAGCAAGCACAACAUGUCCAACUAGUUGUCUCGAAACCCCUUCCCCAAGCUCAGGAGUCUUACUUUUAGAUCUUAAACCAGCCCCGGAAAGACCCCUUAGAAGACCAGCUAUAGCAUCAACUACAAGUUCCGAAAGAGUUUCUUGGGGUAGUACACUUGAUGACCGUGGUGAAGGUUCACAGUACGAUGCAGAUUAUGUUCAGCAUUGGCUAGAAUUAGAUGAUGCAAGAUCUGCUUUGCAACAAAGGCAUAGGGAUCUGGCAGAUUUAGAAUACGAUAGGGCUGAAUUAGAAGACUGGAGUUUAUCUUUAUCAUGCGAGGAUCUACGAGAUAGGCAAUCUCCUUUUGCAGAAAUAACUACUCCAGGACAGAUAUCCCUCUCAACAUUACCUAGUAUUAGAGAAGAUGAUGCACUAGAAUUAGAAGAAGACGUAGGUGACUGUUUAUGGAAUGAUUGUGGUUUUGCGACUGUAGAAAUUGAUGAAUGUAGAAUAGCAGAUGAAGCAGAUAAUUCUGAAAAGAGAUGGGAAUACACUGGAAUGCAUUCUCCUGGUGGUUCGUGGUCCAGUGCAUCCGAUGUGCCCGAAAAGCAUUCUAGUGCUGCUUUAAGUGAAGACGGUGAUUGCACAAACGUGGGCUUAGAUUUUACGCGCGAUUUUUAUCGACUCGUCAAAUACGAAAGCACAAAAAGUUUAGCAUCGAACUCAUCUAAAGUUACAUCUCAAGAUCCUGCCAAUCAUUUGAGAAUUAAUGACGUCCAAACUGUGGCUAUCCAAGAUCGUGAACAAGCGCUUCAAAAUGUACUACAUUUUAUUGCGGAACAGCAGAAAUAUUGUCGUGAUAGAGAGGAAUCAGAUUCAAUGUCGUCUCGCCCUGCGUCUGAAAUUCGAGAAUUGCCUCCCCCUUACGCUGCAGCUGAUUUCGAUGACGAAUCAGUCGAUCCGCGCAGCGAGGUAUCGGAGGAUAGGCAAAGACCAGAUUCCUUUGGUAGUUUUUCUGAAAAUGACUCAUGUGAUGUUACUCCUCUUGACAGACCACGAGUCCCAUAUUGUGAUAUUGUAUCCGAGCCAAGAUCGACUCCUAGAUUUAUUGAAAGAGAAGAUCCCUACGCAGAGUCUGAAGAUUACUACGAUUUAUCGAGAGUUGAAAAUGUGGAAAAUGAAAUAAAUGACCAUCAUCUCAUAAAAGUUCAACGAAAGAAUGAGAUCAAUAAAAACAUUGAUAUCAGCAACUCAACAGAAUUAGACCAAACAAGUUCUAUGAAAGAUGAUAAAUCUAUUGAUAUUGAAUCUAGUCACAAUUCCGCUUUAAAGGAGAAUACUGUGAAUAUCAUGUUAAACAUGCAAACUCCGGCUGAAAGGGAAAUAGAGACUACUUUAGUUAAAUCUGCAAGUUUUCAAUUAUCCGCAGAAAGUGAGAUGUCUCUCGUAGAUGAAGUGUUAAGUGCUUGUAGAAGACCUGCAGGUGCAUUAGGUACUGUUCCAGAGGAGGAGGAGAGUUCAUCUCCAGAAACGAGCUCGCCUCAAAUGACUGAAUCAAAUACAACAAGCACGUCUACAGCUGAAACUGUGAUAAUAAGUAAUAAGAAUGACGGAGCUCAUAGAGAUGUAAGACGUAGAACUGAAAAGAGUCGCAUACCCACUUUAAUGGGAGGUAAAAGGCCGCCGUCAUCGCCGCAUAGGACGAGGUCUAAAAUUCCAGUUUCAGAAAAAAGUCGGGCUGGAUCAACGCCAGUAGCUACAAAUGCCGAAGCAAUAAUCGUUAAACAAGAAAACACGUUAAGUUUUCACGAGGCAGCUACUUCGAAAGAGGUCAUUGAGGAACUUAAUAGAAUGAUUCGCCAAAGUGAAGGUGGAGCUGCAAUAGCGGAAGCGAAGAAUGAAGAGCGACAAGAAAAAACGUACACUCAAAAGGACAGCGCAUUAUGGGCGCCGACUGGAUGGGUGCACGUUGAAAAAGAUAUCGACUUUAGUGAUCCUAAGGCUCGUGCGAAUCUCCUAGACGUGAUGCUAGCAUCCAGCGACUCGUCCCCUUCAUCGUGCGGGUCAUCCCCUGCAGAGCCGCCACCUCCCUAUUCCCGCCUUCACAGACUACAUCGUUCUAGGAGACAGAAGACCGCGGCGGCGCUGCGCAUGCGCGGGCUGGGCGCGCUCCGCCAGCCUCGCCACCGCCGCCCCUCCAUCCUGGGCCGCGAUGGCUUCUUCGUGCGCUACGCGGAGCCGGAGCGCGCCGCCGUCGCAACCUUCGACUUCCUCGAUGACCUCUCCGCCGGAUCCUCCCCUGACCAAGCGUCCAGGCACUGUUCCGAUCGAUCCUCCUAGGCGCGGCUGCUACGCGACGCGACUGACGUGCGAUACAACGCUACAAACGCGUGGUGCAACGCAACAUGCGCGGUAACCGACAGACGCGGUAGAAAAAAUAUUAUUAAAAAUUUUCCCGCAAGGGCUCUUUUAAUAAGAACGUAAAACAAAUGGGUACCUCUUUUGAGUAAAACGCUCUAUGCGAAGUGCAAACAUGUUUUUUGUCUUGUUUUGGUAUGUGUUUUAAAUAGAAAGAGAAGGAUAAAAGACAUUUUCGCCCUUGACGGUAUACAGGGCAUUUUGAAUUGAUUUGUAAAAGAAUAUUUAAUUUUGAGGUACUUGAAUGGAUGGCUGCUUAAUAAAUCACAUAGUGAAAGGAUUUAUCGAUAAAGAAAAUAUUUUUCUACGUCGCUCGCUUGUGAUAUCCGGUCAUUCGACUCUGCUUUAUUGACGUGACGUGAGCCAAAAGUAACUAGUAGCGCGGCAGUCGCGCAAGGCUGCAGCUUGUUAGUGUCCGCCCUUUCGAUUAUUCGAUUCGAUUAGAUCGUAGGUGUAGUCGUAAAUCGAUUUGUAUUAGUUACGAGCACCUAGUAUUAAUGUUCUUCUUAGAUUGUGUAGAAGGGAGAAGUACAGAGAUAUUGAGGCGUGGAUGUGGUUUUAUGUGUUGGCGCUCGGGUUGAUUUGUUUGUUGAAUUUUGGAGAGAAAUGCGCAGUAACUCAAUGUCGAUACAUAAAUAGAGUUGCCAACUUUGAGGGACAAAAUUUAAAGUACUUAUUAAUGAAAUUAUUUUUUAUAUGUAUUUAAACUGAAAUAUAAAAUCUAUUUUAGAUUUUUGAAUUCUAAUGAAAUUUGUAAGAGCAUAAGUACAUUCUGAAUAAGCUCUGGUCUCGCCUCUUGAAUAGUUUCAGCUGCAUCGAACCACCAGUUGCUUAGACAAACAAUAGCUGUCAAACUCAAAAUCGUAAUCGAAUAAAAUAAAGAAUUAUACAAAUUAUCCGAAACAAGAAUGUAACAUAAUAAACUUAUUAUUUUUUCUUUAAAGUUGGCACCCCUUAAUAAAUGCAUACUGCUUUAAAUAUUGGUAGGGCGUUAUUACGGCCACCAUUCAUUGCGCUUGAUAAGCGAAACGGCGAAAACAGCUCAAACCCGAUGAUAAACGUUUGAUUACUUCCUGCGGUGUAUAGCUUACGCUUCGAGCCAUUAACUACGAAUUAGGUAAGAAGACGAUAUAUAGUCAGUCACAGAUAUAGCUAUAACAUAUAGCAAACCGUGGUAUUGCUAUAUAUUUACAGAAGAAAAGAAAGGUCAAUCUCCUGCAUCAAAAACGGAUAUAAUUAUGAAUAAAAAAUCUAUCACACUUCUGAUGAUUGAAAUUAGAAAUCGUUUAUUAGUAUAUAUAUAAUAUAUUGUGAUAUGCCUUGCUAUAAUUUAUAUCUAAUAUGCGCGAAGUAGCUAUGUCUGUGAAGGGCUUGAAUAAUGACUAAGUAAAUGAAAGCUGCGGCCUCGAAGUAAUGUGAUAUUUUUGUAUAUACUGUAAGUCCCACUUAUUUUCGUAAACAUUUAAAUGGAUUCCUUUCUAACCGUACGGAGCGUUAAUGUUGGAUUAAAGAGUGUUUCCGCACUAUGUGAUCCGAUUAGAUCAUACAUCCACUCGUGGUUAAGACUUUACAAAGAGUGAUAUAAUGAUGGCAGUUCUGUUGUAUAGAAAUUAAUAAAAUAAACUUGAUUGUCAGGUCAUAAAUUUUUUUUUUAUCCUUUUCCAAAAAAAGAACAUGAUGUAAGGGAAGGCACUAUCUGCUUUUAUACCUGCCAAUAUAGUUUAGUUAAGAGAUUUGUGCUCAACAGACUUGUCACCAAUGUGCAACAUACGCUGAGAGAAUAAGAUACUUCAAAAUAA